UAUAAACUAAAACGCGUUUUUGGUGGUAGAAUAUUAAAAUCGUAUGGGUUUAUGGUGAAUUCAAGCAUACCACGCUGUUUUCGUCUAUUAGUAUAAGAAUAUGACCGAAUAUUCAUAAAUAUGGCAGAUUUAAAUAAUUUAUUUGACUGUUUCGAAGAUCCAUCUUCAAGUGAAGUCGCUAUUCAGUUGCCCAAUCUUGAAAAUGAUAAACCGAAUAUUAAAGAAGAACAAACGCCAGCCAAGAAAAGACCGCACGAAGAAGUUGAAUAUGCAGAUACAGAACUAAAACCAGAAGAUAAUAAAAAAAUCAAAACAGGUGAAGAAGAAAUUGAAUCAAUUGGGGACUUAAAGUUAGAUCUAGCUAACUCACGUAUUGUUAUACACACAUUGGAAACCCAUGAAGGAUGUACCCAUGAGGUAGCAAUUCCUCCAAAUCAUGAGUAUACACCGUUAGUACCAAUAUCGUCAGAACCGGCUAAGCAAUAUAGUUUUAUAUUGGAUCCCUUUCAAAAGGAAGCAAUCAUGUGUAUAGAUAAUUUGCAAUCGGUGCUUGUAUCAGCUCACACAUCAGCAGGAAAGACUGUUGUUGCAGAGUAUGCUAUUGCUUUGUCACUUAAGAAAAAACAAAGAGUAAUAUAUACCACACCAAUCAAAGCACUUUCAAAUCAGAAAUACAGAGAGUUUUCUGAAGAGUUCCAUGAUGUUGGUUUGAUAACUGGUGAUGUGACAAUCAAUCCAUCAGCUUCAUGUCUUAUUAUGACAACUGAGAUUCUAAGGAAUAUGUUAUAUAGAGGAUCAGAAAUCAUGAGAGAGGUGGGAUGGGUAGUGUUUGACGAAAUCCACUACAUGAGGGAUAAAGAAAGAGGAGUGGUGUGGGAAGAAACACUAAUCCUUCUCCCCGACAACGUGCACUACGUGUUCCUAUCCGCUACUAUCCCGAACGCGCGGCAGUUCGCCGAGUGGGUGUGCCGCUUGCACUCGCAGCCGUGCCACGUGGUCUACACGGAGUAUAGGCCCACGCCGCUGCAGCAUUAUAUCUUCCCAGCUGGGGGUGAUGGGAUACAUCUUGUUGUUGAUGAGAAGGGUCAGUUCAAAGAGGAUAAUUUUAACACAGCAAUGGCUGUACUAAGCAAUGCAGGUGACGCAGGUAAAGGUGACCAACGCGGGCGUCGAGGCGGGCCCAAAGGAAACAAUAAUACGAACAUUUUCAACAUCGUCAAGAUGAUUAUGGAAAGAAAUUUCGCGCCUGUUAUCAUAUUCAGUUUUAGUAAGAAGGAUUGUGAGCUGUAUGCUAUGCAAAUGGCUAAAUUGGACUUUAAUACCAUUGAAGAAAAGAAAUUAGUAGAUGAAGUGUUCAACAACGCUAUGGACGUAUUAACAGAGGAGGACCGUAAAUUGCCACAAGUGGAAAAUGUUAUUCCGUUAUUGAGACGCGGUAUCGGUAUACAUCAUGGUGGUCUACUGCCCAUACUUAAGGAAACCAUCGAGAUUCUCUUCGGUUUGGGGCUUAUAAAGGCUCUUUUCGCUACAGAGACCUUUGCGAUGGGUCUCAACAUGCCAGCCAGAACUGUUGUGUUUACGAAUUGUCAAAAAUUCGACGGAAGAGAUUUCCGAUUCAUAACAUCAGGCGAAUACAUCCAAAUGUCGGGUCGUGCGGGUCGGCGUGGUCUCGACGACAAGGGUAUCGUGAUACUCAUGAUUGACCAGAAAGUAGCGCCCGCUACUGUGAAAGGCAUGGUGCAGGGCAAAGCCGAUCCUAUUAAUUCAGCUUUCCAUCUCACUUAUAAUAUGGUACUGAAUUUAUUACGUGUAGAAGAAAUCAAUCCCGAAUAUAUGUUGGAGAGAAGUUUCUACCAAUUCCAAAAUCAAGCUGCCAUUCCAGAUCUCAUAGAUAAGGUAAAAGCGAAACAAAAAGAAUACGACGCGCUAAGCAUAGACGAAGAGAAUUCAAUCGCAUCGUAUUGUAAUAUUCGCUCGCAAUUAGACCUAUUGGGAGCACAGUUUAGAUCUUUUAUUACGCGUCCGGAAUAUCUUAAACCUUUCUUGCAGCCUGGACGACUUGUUAAGAUAAAAACAGAAAAGUACGAAUAUGACUGGGGCAUAAUAGUGAAUUUCCGGCAUAAAACGGGCAAAGGCAAGAAAGGGCAAGAUGAGAAUCCCCUCACGGCUGAUACAGUAAUACUUGUGGAUAUAUUGCUGCAUGUUAAAAAGGGGAAGGGAGAUGAACCGGAGAGCAAUGUUCCGUGCCCCCCGGGUGAGUCUGGAGAUGUGGAAGUAGUACCAGUAUUGCACACGCUAAUAUAUCAAAUAAGUUCGCUUCGUGUGUACUAUCCUAAAGAUUUACGACCAUCCGACAGCCGUAAAUCGGUUUUGAAAACAAUAAACGAAGUGAAGAAACGAUUCCCAGAAGGCCCGCCGCUAUUGAAUCCUAUAAAAGAUAUGAAAAUUGAGGAUUCCGUAUUUAAAGAAUGUGUGGAUAAAAUAAAAAUUUUUGAAGACAGAUUAUACGCCCACCCACUGCACAAAGACAAGAACCGCGCAGCGCUAACAAGCGCAUACGAAAAGAAGCAAGAAAUGUUCGAAGAUCUGAAACAAGUUAAACAGGAGCUGCAUAAAGCUAAGAGUAUAUUACAAAUGGACGAAUUGAAGAAACGGAAACGUGUGCUUCGACGAAUGGGAUAUUGUACUAUGGCUGAUGUUAUUGAGAUGAAGGGACGGAUCGCUUGCGAACUGAGCAGUGCUGACGAAUUACUACUGACCGAGUUGAUAUUCAACGGUGUGUUCAACAACCUCACACCGGAACAGAGCGCGUCGCUCGUGAGCUGUUUCGUGUGCGAUGAAAAUUCUACACAAACGUCCUCUACUGGGGAGGAGUUGCGUGGAGUACUUAGACAGCUACAGGAAUACGCGCGUCGCAUAGCAAAGGUAUCAAUAGACGCCAAGAUGGCGCUGGACGAGGACGAGUACGUGGGCAAGUUCAAGUGCACGCUCAUGGACGUUGUGCUCGCGUGGGCCAAGGGCGCGUCCUUCCUGCAGAUAUGCAAGAUGACUGACGUUUUUGAAGGAUCAAUAAUCCGUUGUAUGCGGCGUCUGGAAGAAGUGUUACGGCAGUUGUGUCAAGCGGCCAAGAACAUUGGUAACACAGAUUUGGAGAACAAGUUCAGUGAAGCGAUCAAAAUGUUGAAGAGGGACAUUGUGUUCGCUGCCAGUUUAUAUAUGUAGUAAAUGUAUGGUAAUAUACGUUAUUUUAUACAUA